UCUACCAUGGGGCGAUGCAGCUUCACGGCUCUUGCCAGGUGUGUACCCCGGAUCCUGAGUCUCUGUGACGUCUCAGGUGCUCUGUGACAGCAACACAAAGCAGACUGCGACACUCUCCCUCCCCCACCACCUCUGUCCACUUCUGGGUUUGCUCCCCUAACUCUCCCAGAAAGAACUGUGGGAAGUUUCUAGAACAUGCAAGGCCAUCUGUUUGGCCUGCAACCCCUGGAAGCUGAGGUCCUGCUGCCCCCCCCGGAGGUGACCUUGGGAAGCACCCUGUUUUGGUCCACUCCGUUGACAGUCAACAGAGAUGAGCGCUGUCCCAGCCAUGGAGAAUGUCGGAGCAGGCAGGCAGGUGAGAAUCCCCAGGCCCAGCGAGGUGGAGUCGGUCGCCCGGGAUCACACAGUACAUUGUGGAACUUGGCGGAGCUGAUUGCAGCAGGGACCAGCUCCAACAUCUGUGCCUUUUCUGCCAUUGAUGUACGGUGUUGUCCUAACUGGUAACAAUGUCUUGAUGACAGCUUUCUUAAAAAGCUGCGUGAAGAACGCCUCGCCCAGGGUGUCAAGUGUUUUGGGAGAGAUUCAAGAUAAAAUCAUCAGAGAUACGCCCUGAAGACAUGCGGCCAUCAGGUCUCCUCUGCCGUUUGUGAGCUGCAGCUUGACUGGAUGCCAUUUGAUUAAUGACUGGAAGCUCCCUAUAAAUUUACAUUCCGUCCCUGAGCAGCCCAGAGCAAGACGGGAUCAGCCAAGGCGGUGUGUGCAUGGGUGGGAGUGGGCACGAGGUUCACACGAGAAGCUCACGCUAUCAGAGGCGAAAAUCUCCCCAAGGGCUGACCCUCGCCGCUCCUGGAGCCCCAAUCCACGCAUGUCCAGUGGGGGAGGGGCGGCCUUGCAGGAGGCCCCCACUCGGCAUUGCCCAGGUAGCAUUUCCUCCGAGGAUCACCCUGACACGCUGUUCCCGCGACCUGAGCAUCAGAGACAAGUGGCUGGAGUGCUGGUUUACACUGAGCACGGUUAAAACAAGAAGAAUUUCAGUGGUGUCAGGUGCUGGAGCGGAUGUGGAGUACGGAGGGCGUGUGUGGGUCACCUGCAGGUAUUUCACCGUGUACCCCAGGACUGAAGCUUCUGCAGAUGCUGGAGCCUGCGGGAGUUCUAGAACCAACCCCUCACAGACACCAAGGGACAACGCGAGAAGUUCCUGGUGAAAUAGGAUUAAAAGAUGAGUUUAUUUUGGUGCAAAAUUUUGAAAUCCACGCAUAAUUUUUUUGUAGUAUACCUUUUCCAUGAACUCUUUGAAAAGCCUUCGUGUGUGCUAUUAUCAUAAGAUAUUUACUUUGGAUAGGAAAAAAUAGACUGAAUAUUACAGACCCGAUAAAGAUGCACUGAGAAUUCUGAACAAGGGCGGCCACAUUAACAUCCCACAUAGUAGACAUAAAAGUGAGGAAUAUCGCCAUGAAGAGGCACAGUUUGUACACAGGACAGGAUAACUCUGCUUUUUUGCCUUGCAAUAGCUUUGCUGUGAGUGAAAUCAAGUUUACCAAUGUGCUUCCUUACGGCGCCUGGGUUUUGAGUUUUCUCACUUCUGCAUUAUAGACAAAGUCAAUUAUCUUUCUCCUCGUACUUGUAAGUUUUUUUUUUUCACAUUUACAUCUCUGACCCAUUUUCCCCAGAAUUUAAAAAAUAGAAUGGCCAUUAGAAGUGUUUGCCUCCAAAUCUGUAAAGGGUCUCCAUUCAGCAGGAUUGAAUCACGCUGGUAACUGACGUGUAUUGCCACUUGCAUUUCCUUGUGCAUUCAACGGAUAACCAAUCAGUGUAAAAUUUGAAGACAACGCUCUCCAAAUGGUUUCUCUUUCUGGGAACAAAUGGUGGGGCACUUCCAGGUGUGAAUCAGCUCACAGUCCUCCAAGGUUUCUGGAAGGUUCCUUGGAGGUCAGCAGGUCUUCCCAGCAGCCAGGGGCUGUGGAUGCCUGCAAGGGGGAGGGGUCUGCACACUUGACACCAAGGGGUCUCCCUGUGUGGCUCUUCAUGUCUGUAAUUUGUGAAUGGCCCAUUUUAUGGAAACUGGAGCAGUUGGUAGUUUUGACUUCUCAGAGAACACACAGCCAGGGUCAGAACACACAGCCGGGGUCAGAACACACAGCCAGGGUCAGAACACACAGCCGGGGUCAGAACACACAGCCAGGGUCAGAACACACAGCCGGGGUCGGAACACACAGCCAGGGUCAGAACACACAGCCGGGGUCGGAACACACAGCCAGGGUCAGAACACACAGCCGGGGUCGGAACACACAGCCGGGGUCGGAACACACAGCCGGGGUCAGAACACACAGCCGGGGUCAGAACACAGCCGGGGUCGGAACACACAGCCGGGGUGAGAACACACAGCCGGGGUCAGAACACACAGCCGGGGUCAGAACACACAGCCGGGGUCGGAACACACAGCCAGGGUCAGAACACACAGCCGGGGUCGGAACACACAGCCGGGGUCGGAACACACAGCCGGGGUCAGAACACACAGCCGGGGUCAGAACACAGCCGGGGUCGGAACACACAGCCGGGGUGAGAACACACAGCCGGGGUCAGAACACACAGCCGGGGUCAGAACACACAGCCGGGGUCGGAACACACAGCCAGGGUCAGAACACACAGCCGGGGUCGGAACACACAGCCGGGGUCGGAGCACACAGCCAGGGUCGGAACACACAGCCGGGGUCAGAACACAGCCGGGGUCAGAACACAGCCGGGGUCAGAACACACAGGCGCAAGUUUCCUCUGCCUUCUGUUCUGACCCUUCCACCAAGAUUUGCUGCUGUGCUGUUCCUUAAAAAAAAAAAAAAAAAAAAAAAAAAAAAAAACAACGGUUUGGAUAUCCACAGUUACUAGCAAGCAGUAGAUAUAAAUAGGAGUGUGUGCAGGUAUGUGACGUGUGUCCCAGCACAGCUCCGUGAUCAGCAAGUGUGCAGUGUACGAAGCUCUGGCAACCAAAGUUGCAUGAGUUUAAAACGUUACAGGCGGGGCUGGCGCUGUGGUGUAGCAGGUGAAAGCCACCGCCUGCAGUGCUGGCAUCCACGUGGGCGCUCGUUCAAGUCCCGGCUGCUCCACUUCCCAUCCAGCUCUCUGCUGUGGCCUGGGAGAGCAGUGGAAGAUGGCCCAUGUCCUUGGGUCCCUGCACCCACGUGGGAGACCUGGGAAGAAGCUCUUGGCUCCCGGCUUCGGAUCGGCACAGUUCCGGCUGUUGCGGCCAAUUGGGGAGGAACUGGCCGAUGGAAGACCUCUCUCUCUCUCUCUCUCUCUCUCUCUCUCUUUCUGCCUCUUCUCUCUCUGUGUAACUCUGACUUUCAAAUAAAUAAAUAAAUCUUAAAAAAAUAAAAAAUAAAAUAAAAUGCUACAGGCAUCAAUCUUGGGGGAAACACAUAUUGGGAACACAAUGUGGUUAUGCAAGGCUUUAGCGCACCUGAAAACAGGUGUGUAUCCUUGCCAUUAAACUGGCACCUGUUUUUAGUUCAUCUGUGAGAGGGUGGGCCUCCCAAGAAGUCUGGCUUCGGAAAUCAGGGUCUUCUGGCUUAGUUGAGUGUCCUGCCUUGGCUUCCUCAGGGCUAACUGGUCAGGGACACCCAUUUAGGCUCGGAACGUCUCCAUAUGGAAGAUCAUGAUGAGAUAAUCUUUGCACCUUAGCAGUUUCUGUAGGGCUCACAUGGGUAAUUUAUGUGCGAUUCGUAAAUGGGUUUUCUGGUUGUGGGAUGUGAAUCCCAGCUGUACACUUAGCUGUGCCACUCAACCUGCUCUGUGCUUCAGUUUCCCCACCCACAAAGUAAAGAUAACAACAAGCCCUGCCUGUAAGGCGGUGAAGGCUAUGUGAGUUAGUUCGUAUGAGUCGAGCAGGGUACAGUCUGGCUCCGGUUAUUACAAAUGGCAGAAUGUGUAGAGAUGGCCAGGCACUGCCGAAUCAACCCGCAAUCUGUGCUGUGUCCCUGGCACGUGCCAGGCGUGUUCCUGGCACGUGUGCGUUGUUCGACCCUCGCAGCAUUCCUGGGAGUUGUGUGCCUUUUUCCACGGAGGAAAGAAAGCAGCACCCAGGAGGUUUAUGAAUGCAGGUUCCCCGAAGUCACCCUGGUGACAGACACGAGUCCGGGCGUGGAACCAACGCUCAUUGCUGCUCUGCUCCACUGGGUUUGCUCUCAGCAGGGGGCACAGCCAUCUGCAAGAAAUCCCCUCCUCCCCGGGCAGCUCCUCCUGGUGCCAAGGCACUCGCUGCUUUGCUGAUUUGCCCUGAGGGUCAGGGCCUGCUCCCCAGAGGACCCCCCGGCUCCUCUCCUCAAACCACGCCCCCUCCAGGCUGGCACGCACCUGCCCGUCUCCAGGAAACACACCCACCGUCUCCUGCUCCAAGCCUUGGUGUCCCACUGCCGGCACUCGGACAUUCCCAUCCGCUUUCUCUUUGAGCAAACACAAGACGGGGCUCGGAAAACCACCUCAAGGACCUCAGUUGAUCUUGUCGUCAGUGGGUUGUGCUGACAGCGACAGGAGGCAGGACAUUCACACUCAGGGGACCUCUGAAUAAGACGAAGCAGUGGACUUGGGUAAGAAUCAGCUUGGUCCGUGCCUCGUCCUUCACCGUGAAUCAGGAAUCCUCUUCCACGGUGGCUGACAUUCAGAGCAGGGAAGAAAUAGCUCCCCGAAAUGCCAGAUGACUUCUGCAGAGCCUAUUUUAAUUUCUCAGGAAUAUAACCUUUCAAUAAAAGGCUUACGUUGGCUCUAACGCUGGUAAGAAACGUUUUAGAAAAACAGUAGGAAAUCGUAAAAAUAUUUAUUGCAGGAGAGCAGGACACCCUGCAGCAGCUCCUGGAAGAGGCUGCCACCCCGGGCUCCAAGGCACGCAAAUGCCCUCGGCGCUCCCUCCUGCUGCUGGGCCUCUGCCGCUCUGGUUCCAUCCGGGACUCAUGGGAGAGGAGGAAAUGUGCCCCUCCCCCAGCUGCACCCACUCCACAUCUGCUCCCGCAGUCUCUGAUGCCAGAGAACCAGACAGACGGCCUCCACCCCCUCAAGUCUCAACCUGUGUCAGGGUCGACUUCCAGGGCUUCCAAGGGCCCCUCUCAGAGUCUCCAGGUUAACCUGCCCCAAUCUGCUAAUGAGGACCCAACUGUGUUUCCUGCCCAACAGCGUGGCCUCCUCCCUGCAGAGGAUCAUGGGUAAGGGGAUGCUGGUUGAGCGCCGCCUAUGGUACAUGGUUCUGGGUCAUGGGUUAGCAAGCUUUCUGCAAAAACCAGGAAGCCGAUGAUUUAGGCCUUUCAAGCUACACCUGGUCUCUCUCGCUUAGUCUUUGUUUUCUGUCUUGCCUUGUUCACAAACCUUUAGAAACACAAAAAUCAUUCUUAGCUCAGGGUGGUGUCCACGCAGGCAAUGGCCUGGACGUUGCACUUGAUUCACUCCCUGGUGAUGCCGAGACCACAUGGUGAUGAGAAAGGCCUGCAGGGCCCCGGCGGCAGAGAGCAAUGAGGAGAGAAGUACGUGUUCCUCUGGGGGAGGAGGUCAGGCCAAGCCCAGGGAGGGCUUCCUGGAGGAGGCAUGCUGCUGUCUGGCCUCUGCGGUGGGCACUCAGGCAGGUGAAGCUGUGUGUGCAAAGGGGUGUGGCAGGAAAGGAGCGGCUGGAGCCAGGCCCUGUGUGGCCUGAGCUGGGGCAGAGGCCUGGAGCCCGAGGCCUCCGGAGAUGGGUCAGCCACUUGGGUAGACAGCAGCUGGGAGCCGCUGAGGGUCAUGAGCCAGGAUGCAAGAGUUCUUUAGCCCGGGGCUGCAGGGGUGGGGGGUGUUCGGAGGCCCCCCAGGUGCUGCCCAGCGGGAGGCAGCGCAGGGAUGCAGGAGAGAGAGGAUGGGGCUCAGACUCCUCCCCUGACCUGGAAAUUUAUCAGCGAGGUGGUACCAGGGAACUGCUUGGAGAAGGGGGAGGGGACCUGAAGAUCAGCCUGGGCGGCCCCCUCCUCCCACAGCCCUGAGGAUCCUCCCAAUAUGAACUGAGCACCCAAUGCCCCCCACCCCCAACUUGCCGAUGGGAAGCUAAGUGGAGUGACUCAGACAAAGGGGAGGCAUGGAGCCUGUGCUGGUGCCCACCCGCUCUGGGCUUGCACACCCCACACCACCGCAUACUCAUGACCUCGUCCUGCUUCUCCUGAGAGCCUGCCAUCAGUCCCCAUCUGUGUGUCUUGAGAAUAAGCACCCCACAGUGUGUUUUGUCCACAGGGAGCCAACGUCCAGUUGGGGGCACACAGG